CUCUGUUCUUGUCACGGUGAUCCCAAAUCAGAAUCGGACUCGUUUGAAACAGCAACAAACGGGCGUUCCUCCCACACCCUCACGUCGGCUGGCAGAUCGUGGCAAGCCCAUCAUCUCACAUUCACAAAAUUUCAAAUUCGAUCACAGACGUCGCUACGCCCUGUCGACCCUGAUCCCUGGACGCCAGCAUUCGUUUCUGGCGCCGUCGUCCUUCCUUGCCCAGCUGAGCGAGAACGAAGCUGUUUCAUAGCCUGCGAGCUUCUUUCCCCUCCCAGCACUCCGUCCUUGCUUUGGCACCGUACCCUCUGCGUGUGUGUGUUUGUGCGUGUGUGGACGGGAUAGACGUCAAGCGUGGAGUCAAUCAAGAAACUCCUCGGAUCAUCGCCAUCCAAGUCUACGACGAUCUUCAAGAUCAAUAACCAGAAACAAUGUUCACGCCCACACGUCGACUCUUCCAGAAGGCUCACGCAUGCCGGAUCACUCUUUUCGCCCGCGAUGGGUGCGGCUUGUGCGUACGCGCCAAAUCGGCGCUCUCCAACGUUUGGGACAGGAGGCCAUUUGCCUUUACGGAGAUCAACAUCACCGCGCCGGACGCGAAGAGCUGGAGGGACCUGUAUGACUUUGAUGUCCCGGUGAUCCACAUCAGCAAAGCCGAGGCUCCUGAGGAGGACCCCAAGCUAGUGGGCAAGGCCGUCAAGCUUAUGCAUCGCUUCGAUCCGGAUCAGAUCGAGGCCAAGAUGGAUCAAGUCGAGUGCAAGAAGUGAAGCGUUAGAGAGUGUUUUUUGUUUUUUGCCUC